CGACUAAUUGCCUACUAGCAUACUAUUCCCGUUUUGGAGAGAUCCUACCAUCCUGCCCAUUAGGCUUUAGGGAACCUUGCUCCAAACCAGCCAUGAUGUCACUUAAAACCGGCUACCUCGUUAUGUAUAACGCCAUGUCUUUCCUGUUAUGGACGUAUCUAACAGCUGAAACUGUCUCCUCGGCAGCAUCGCUUUAUUCCCAAUCCCGCCUAUCGGCUCUCUACAUUUUCCUAUCUCCCCUCCUCGCAAUAACCCAAUCCCUCGCCAUCCUCGAGGUUCUCCAUGCGGCAUCCGGACUCAUCAGGGCAUCGCCUCUGACCACGGCCCUGCAGAUCGGCGGGAAGAACCUCGUGGUUUGGACCGUCAUGCUCAGGUUUCCGGAUAUCAUGAAAACCGAGCAGGGUAUGUUGGGCUUCUUGGGAUGUGUGAUGACCUGGGGUUGCUCGGAGAUGAUACGUUAUGGAUUCUUUGUGGUGCAGUUAACUAGGAGCGAGAUGCCGAGAUGGCUGAAGUGGCUGAGAUAUAGCGCAUUCGUCAUCCUGUAUCCUCCAGGGCUUCUGAGUGAAGCGUGGCUUGUCUAUCUCAGCUUCGCUCAGGCAACCGGACUCAGUUCUGCUUACAGGGGGUACCUGCUUGCUGGCUUGCUCAGCUAUAUGCCUGCGGGCUAUUUCCUCUAUACGCAUAUGCUGGCGCAGAGAAGACGUGUUCUCAAGGAUCCUAGUCAGAAGCGGUGAAGUUUGCCGCCGGCUCGCGUUGCACAAAUGAUCAGCUAAAAUAUCAAGAUCCGAAGAUACUAUGGAAUCAGGGGGUCUCGGCUAGUAGUUAAAGGUCGAAAACUUUUAUUCCUGUCAGAUAGAAGGGGUGACGUGACCGACCAAGAUUCACGUGAUUACCAGCCACUGGGACUUAGCCAGAAAUCCCUCUGCAGAGGAGAUCACAGAUAACACACAUAACAAUCAAUCCAUCACACAGAACGGUCACAUCGCAAGAUACGUGAAUAUCCAACA